AUGGAUCUACAGGGCACCAAGGAGGCCCGGAAGGAGGAGGGCGCUGAAGGGUCUCUCGAGGCCUAUGGCGGUGGAGGAGGCCGUUCAAAGGAGUAUCACAAGAAGGAGGGCCGAGACUCUCACAAACAUGAUGAUCGAGCUUCUAUUCAUCCUCUCCGUCGGCGUCAACAACCAUUCGCAUAUCCGCACGGCUCUCAACAACCGGCAUCAUCCGCCAUUUCUCGGCCGCGAGAGCCUUCACCGUCACCAGAAGCUAUCAGCAUACCGCAAGCGCUGGGACUCAGUUCCCGUGACCAGCGGCUAUUGCGCAAAGCCAGAAGGUCUCCCCCAGUUACGAAGAAAAUGCUUAGCGAGCUCGACCUGCCUUGUAUCAUGAGCAACAUCAAUCUUCGCAUGGACGCCAAUUUUGACCGCGAUUUGCACUUUAAGCCGGAUCUGGACGGGGAGAAAGGCAAACGCAAGAAGAAGGAAGCUGCAGACUACUGGGACUCAUUGGCCUCGGAGAUUGCAAUUUACGCCUUCCGUGCUGCCACUGCCGAUAUCACGAUUCAGGAAGUCGAGUCCACUGACGGUUCCCGACGCACCUUCGACCCGCGUUUGCCCGCCUUGUUCGAGACGUUGCAGGACGUCAUCAAAACGCUUGUUCCAGAGCGGGAUCAUCCGACUGUCAUGCAGAAUCUAGAGGUUCCGUUGCUCAUGCAACAAAUACGCAAGGGUGUUCUCGAUAUGCUUACCUUGGCGACGUGGUUGGCUGCACUUCUCAAGACACACUGUGCUCCUAUGCGAGACGAGUGGGCUGAUCGCAUGGUUGAUCAGAUCCAAGAGGGAUCACAGUCACAAGAUCCUCGGGAGAUUGUCAAUGGCUUACAAACAUUGUUCUCCAUCUUGGAAGCGAUGAAACUGGAUGUCGCAAAUCACCAAAUCCGUGCGUUCCGCGUUCUACUCAUCGAAGACACUGUCCCCUUCCUCCAAGAAUACUUCCAGGGCAAAUUGAACCGGGGAAGUUUCCAUGUCGAACCCGCCCGUCACUGGUACCUAGCCAUGCGAGACCGAACCCGACAAGAAGACGCGCAAAAGAUGGGGACCCAGCCUGAAAAUACGACAACACCGGAAACAGAAGAUUCUCUUAAGCCCAUUGAAGUUCUUUUCCGUGGCAUCACGGAUCAACUUCUCCAAUUCAACCCACCAGAGGAGUUCCCCGAUACCUUCCUCUUCGACAGCGAACGCCUCUGGCAACUCCGCUCAACAGUCCAAAACCUGAUCAAUCUCGACAUUUCCUGGUACAUCUUCGAAUCCUACGUCAACAAGCACAAGCGGUACCUCUCCGCUCCAGAGGAAACCUACUCGACCUUCCGCACGCGCGUCUGGUCCCUGAUGGAAGACGGAAUGGACAUGGAAAGCCGUAUCGCCAGUAAUUCCGACAACGACGAUGACCCAGACCACCGCGGUGGCAAGCGCUGGACCCAAAACAUGCGCUGCAUUGCCUUGGAAAUCGGCCGCUUCGCCUGUGCAGCAUUGCAACUCGACGCCGUUGUCGCCGACGAAGUUAUCGCCCCAAUCGAGGAGGCACUCGAGUGGCACCUAUCCAAUGAAUCCGAUCUUUUUGGAUAUUUCCAGAAUAGUAUGCGGGUCAAGGUCCUCCAUACUACCUUGGCGUCUGCACGCAGAUAUCUGCCCUUAUCGCCCCUGGCCAUUUGCGAAUCACAGCGCACGCCGCCUUCAUCAUCAGUUCCUGUUCCCGGAAGUUCAUCGUCUGCACCUGUGGUUUCUGGGUCUGCAGCUUCGUCGCAGCAGCUUACACCGCAGAUGUCUGAUAUCGAGCGUAUCGGCAUGCGUCUUGCCCAUAUUGGUGUCUUGCACUGGCGUGUCUGGGCUCCGUUGCUCUACCUCCGUGACGAGAUCGCAAUGGCUGAUCUUGAACCUGCGUUGGUCUGA